GACUGCGAUGCAUUGUGGGAAGAUUUCCACAACAAGUUGGUGGACUCAACUCUGUUGAACCUGGAUGCAUACCUGCAAGAGUUUCCAGAUCUCAAGAUACGUGUCGCCAAAAGAAGUCGUAAACUAAUCGACUACGACAGUGCUCGUCAUCAUUUAGAGACUCUGCAGAUGUCUGGGAUGAAGAAUGACCGCAAAGUGAUGAAGGCAGAGGAGGAGCUGAAAAAGGCUCAGAAAGUCUUCGAUGAGUUGGAUACUGGUCUUCAGGAUGAACUGCCAACUCUCUGGGACCGUCGAGUGGGUUUUUACAUCAGCACAUAUAAAAGUGUGACCACUCUUGAGGCAAAAUUUCAUCGGGAGAUCUCACAGGUGUGCAGGGAGCUAUAUGAAGUCAUGACAAAACUAGGAGAACAACAUUCUGACAAAAUAUUCACCAUCCAGGGAGCCCCAAGUGAUUCUGGACCACUGCGUCUUGCCAGAACUCCAUCACCACCAGAAGAUGAAAGUCCACCAGAGAGUCCAGAUGUUGGAUCUAAUCACAUGCUCCGCCCCAUCUCACCUGGCCCACCCAGACCUAAGUCACCAACACAGCAGGCUGCCGAUGCUGGAUUUGUUGCUGACUGGUCAGCUGAUUUUGGUUCAGUGUCAACAAAUGGAGAUGCUGCUGCCCAAGAGACUCCUGCUGAAGGACUGGAAGAGGAGCAUGGCAGUACUCAGGGUGGUGAUCAAGGCUGGCACCAGUCUGAGGGUUUCCAGUUAGGCGAAGAUCCAAUCACUGCUAAACAGGAUAGUGAGCCUGAAGCAGAGGAAGAUGAGGUUAGCAGUUCGGACUCUUCAUCUCAUCACAACAUCCAUCAAUCUGCAGCCAGGAAAGACCAGAGCGGCCAUGUAGAGCCAGACAGUGACAAGCUGAGCCAGGCAGAUCGCAGGAAGUCUACUCCAGGACUGAUUGUUACCAAUGAGUUUGGGGAAGAGAUAGAAGAUAGUACAGCAGACAUAGGAGACCCGUGGUCCAGGUCUGUGGACAGUACAGGAGACAGAGGAGACACAUGGUCCAGGUCUGUGGAUGGAUCUGGGUCUGAGUAUGAAACUGCUGAGGAGUGGGCCGAUGGUGGUCAGGGGGCCGACGAUGAGCUUUCACUGGACCCCUCAGAACAGAGACAUGUUCAGGCAGGUUCUCCAACAGCAGAACCAGUUGCACCAGAACUGGACCCAAGGGACAGAAAAGAUCAGAACCAUCAAAUGGAUCUGACAUCAGAAAACUCCAAUUCUGUUAACAUCAACCCGAACCCUGCAGGAAGAGAGGAGAGAGAGUGGUCUGCCAGAACAGGCCCUUCAGAUUCUCCUGACCCGGUUCAUUCUGACUCGUUUGCAGAAUCCCAUACAGUUGGGUUUGAUUCUGACCCGUUUGCAGAAUCCCAGACAGUUGGGUUUGAAUCUGACCCGUUUAGAGAAUCCCAGACAGUUGGGUUUGAUUCUGACCCGUUCACAAAAUCCCAGACAGUUGGGUUUGAUUCUGACCUGUUUGCAGAAUCCCAGACAGUUGGGUUUGAUUCUGACCCGUUUAGAGAAUCACAGACAGUUUGGUUUGAUUCUGAUCUGUUUGAUUCUGACCCGUUCAGAGAAUCACAGACAGUUGGGUUUGAUUCUGACCCGUUCAGAGAAUCGCAGACAGUUGGGUUUGAUUCUGACCCGUUCAGAGAAUCACAGACAGUUGGGUUUGAUUCUGACCCGUUCAGAGAAUCACAGACAGUUGGGUUUGAUUCUGACCCGUUCAGAGAAUCACAGACAGUUGGGUUUGAUUCUGACCCGUUCAGAGAAUCACAGACAGUUGGGUUUGAUUCUGACCCGUUCAGAGAAUCACAGACAGUUGGGUUUGAUUCUGACCCGUUCAGAGAAUCACAGACAGUUGGGUUUGAUUCUGACCCGUUUGUAGAAUCACAGACAGAUGGGUUUGAUUCUGAUCUGUUCAGAGAAUCACAGACAGUUGGGUUUGAUUCUGACCCAGUUAAAGCUGGGGUAAGUGGGUUAGAAUUGGACCCAUCAGCUAAAGCUCUAGGUUCUGAUGACGGUGUUCUCAGAUCUCCUGGGAGAAGGAAAUGUGGGUGGGAUUCAGACCCGUUUGCUGACAGGUACCCAGCAACCCUUCCAGGGACUGAAGGUCCAGAAUCCUGUUCAUUCAGUACUUCGGGCACUCAGCUAAAGCCCACCUGUGGAUCUGCAACAGAAGGAAAUAAAGAAGUUCCCAUGGCCAGAAACCACAAAGAACCUGAAAAAUCAGACGUGUCUGAAGACGAAGCUGCAAACCAGAGAUAUGGAAGGUUGUACCAAGAACUAGAUACAGGAAAGGAAGAGGAUGCAUCUGCUCCAUCUUUUGCAAAUUUUGAUCAAAUGAGCAAAGUUCAAAGUGAAUCUUCUGACUCUGCUGAAGCAUCAGAACCACAAGUGGCUGAUGAAUCAGUUGAAACUGGAGCAGAGGAGUGUGAACGUCCUCAUGUUCCUGCUGGUGAGGUUCCAUCAGAGGAAGGAGACACUUCUCAAGCUGCUGAGGAACAUGAGGCUCCUCCUGCUGAUGAAGAACACAAAGAGAAAGGUUCCGACAAUCUGAAGGACAAGCCAGAGUUUUCUGAAGAAGAGCCCAAAACAUCAUCAGAUCAAGCAGCUUCAUCGGAGAAGAUGCCGAUUCCCUCCGUUGUGAUUGAACCAGCUUCUAGUAACGAAGGUGAUGAUGAUCGUGAUGCUGACAUCAUUUCUCCCACGAACAUCAGAGAGAACAUGGUGACGAGUGAGAGCAUCAAACACAUGAGUGCAUCAGGUGGAACAUCUGGACAUCCUGACGACUUUCUCUACAAGGUGGAGACUAUGCACGACUUUGAAGCAGCAAACUCUGAUGAGCUGGACCUGAAGAGAGGAGAUGUGGUUCUGGUUGUUCCCACAGCAUCAGCUGAAGAUCAGGAUGCAGGUUGGCUCACAGGAAUAAAAGAAUCUGAUUGGUCGACUCUUGGAGUGGGAGCACAAAGAGGACUCUUCCCUGAAAACUUUACUCAGCGUUUGCAGUAAAACGGCCUUUUCUUUCUUUAAAAAAUAAAGUCUAUUGAGAUCUGUAUGCAAAUUGUCAUCAGCAUGUAGCCAAACUGGCUGUAGACAAUAAAGAAAAAAGUCCUUGCUGCAGUUUUUGGGGUAAAGCGAACAAAAAUAGGUGUUUCAGCUGAUCCUUUAUAAGCAUGAUGAGUAUGUUUGACCCCCUCUGAAAAUGAGAUAUUUAAAUGUUAAAAUGUGCUGAAAAUUCUGAAUAACAUUAUAAAUUUCCAAGUUUCUUCUGAAACAUAAAAAAACAAUGUGUGUCAGAAUAAUUUCCUCUAAAAUCCAGUAGAAAUUUUAUUUGUGUGAAAAAUGAAAACUUUUUUCAUUCAUUGUUAGAAGAUUUCUGUGUUAAUGUUAGGAGUGUGUUAUCAUCAGUGUUUCAUUCAGAUGUGGUGAGUUCUUCCUGUGACAAGUUCUUUAUGUUUAAUGAAAAUAUAUCAGUGAUGUGAACAUUUGUGCUCAUUAAUAAUUAAACAUCUAUAAAAAGGAAUUUCCUUAAAUGUGAAAUUGUCAGCCAAAAAAGUUCAUAGUUUUCUCAAAAUAUUUAAAGCAAUAUACAACACUUGUUGUGGUUUAAAGUUCUGGACUUUGGAUCGUCAGAAACCUUUCUGUUAAUAAAUUACACACUAAACAAAAUAAACCUGUUUAAAAAGUA